ACGAUGAAUUCUAUAUAUAUACAUAAUGUGCAUUGUAUGCAUCAAUCAAGUGCAAUUGAGCUAAAACCAAUUUAGCCACCAAGCAAUUGCUUUUUUCGCCUCUCUUUUACCUGUCACUAACGGUCUUUUGUCAUUCAUUCAAGACCAAGGGAAAAGAAACAUCAUCGGAAAAUUAAAAUAAAAAUGUCAAAAGCGGUGGUUCUAGCCACCACCACCACCGCUUUCAUCCUCCUUAUAAUUUGCUUUCAGAAAAUCAAAACAAAUCAUAAAGAUUAUGGACCAAGAGGCCUAAGUCGUCGUUUAGGUUUCAAAAUUUUACCCCCACCCUUCGACCCUCUAAUUGUUAAAACGGAGAAAUUGAUCGAAGAAAAAGGUUUAGAUCACUGGGAAACCAGCUCGCUGGCUAAUCACGAGCUUAGUACAAAGGACAUGGAUAAAUACUCGAGCGAUAAGGGGAGACUAAACAUAACCUUGAGGUUGAUAUAUUUGUUUCCAUUCCUUGACAAUGCACCAAAAGAUGGAUUUGUGGAAUGCAACGAGCUCGAAGCUUGGAUUAUGCAACAAGCGACUGAUCGCAUGAAUUACAGGACACAAAAAGACUUGGCUUUGCAUGACAAGGAUGGAGAUGAAGCCAUUUCAUUUCAAGAAUACAUCCCUCAGUUUUCGAUCCAAGAUCUAGGAGUGUCUUCAACAGCGAGAAACGAAAUGGGGCACGGUGAAGCUGGAUGGUGGAAGGAACAAUUUAAAAAUGCCGACAUUGACCUCAAUGGAAUUCUCAACUUCUAUGAAUUCAGAGAUUUCUUGCACCCGGAGGAUAGCAAUAAUGAACAGAUUCAUAAAUGGUUGUUGACAGAAAAAUUAAAGCCAAUUGACUAUGAUCAUGAUGAGAAACUUAGUUUCUUGGAGUUCAAAAAUGGGAUUUAUGACAUCUACAAGAACUAUGUUGAAUUCGAAAAUGGAGGAGCAAAUGUACCCUACCCUGAAGAUGUGUUUGUCGAGCUUGAUGUGAAUGAGGACAAAUUACUAAGAGUGGAAGAGCUAAAACCCAUAUUCCAUUACUUGAGCCCCGGAGAGCUUUCAUAUGCUAAAUAUUAUGCCAUUUAUCUUAUUCAAGAGGCUGAUGACAAUGAAGAUGGGAAGCUAACUCUAGAUGAGAUGAUUUGGCAUGAAAAUAUAUUCUACAACUCAGUUUAUGAGGAUGGAAUAUUUGAUGAUGACGAUGAUCUUCAUGAAGAACUUUGAAGUUUUGAGCGCUUCAAAAUUGAUGGUUGAUCACCGGAAUUAGGAAAUCUUUAUAUUUUUUAUUUAAUGAAUGAGAAUUACUAUUUCAAUUCAUCUAGAUUUCCCACAACAUUCAUACAUUCCCCAAACUUCAAUUCCAUAAGAGCAAGU